AUGUGUGACGACGACGUUGCCGCUUUGGUUGUUGACAAUGGCUCCGGUAUGUGCAAAGCCGGAUUUGCCGGAGAUGAUGCUCCACGUGCAGUCUUCCCAUCUAUUGUUGGCAGACCUAGGCAUCAGCUAAACUCUCUUCUCUCUCUCUUCCAGGGUGUCAUGGUCGGUAUGGGCCAAAAGGACUCCUACGUAGGAGACGAGGCCCAGAGCAAGAGAGGUAUUCUUACCUUGAAAUACCCCAUUGAGCACGGUAUUGUCACCAACUGGGAUGACAUGGAGAAAAUCUGGCAUCACACAUUCUACAACGAGCUCCGUGUCGCCCCUGAAGAGCACCCCGUCCUUCUCACAGAGGCCCCCUUGAACCCCAAGGCUAACAGGGAAAAGAUGACUCAAAUCAUGUUCGAGACCUUCAACGCUCCCGCCAUGUAUGUUGCCAUCCAGGCUGUUCUCUCUCUGUACGCUUCUGGUCGUACAACCGGUAUUGUCCUUGAUUCCGGAGAUGGUGUCACCCACACUGUACCAAUCUAUGAAGGUUAUGCCCUUCCCCACGCUAUCCUCCGUCUUGACUUGGCCGGACGUGAUCUUACUGACUACCUCAUGAAGAUCCUUACCGAACGUGGUUAUUCAUUCACAACCACCGCCGAGAGAGAAAUUGUGCGUGACAUCAAGGAGAAAUUGUGCUAUGUCGCUCUUGACUUUGAACAGGAGAUGGCCACUGCUGCUUCUUCUUCCUCCCUUGAGAAGAGCUACGAGUUGCCCGAUGGUCAAGUAAUCACCAUUGGUAACGAGAGGUUCAGGUGCCCAGAAUCUUUGUUCCAGCCUUCCUUCUUGGGUAUGGAAUCUGCUGGUAUCCAUGAAACCACAUACAACUCCAUCAUGAAGUGCGACGUCGACAUCCGGAAGGACCUGUAUGCCAACACUGUGCUGUCGGGCGGCACCACCAUGUACCCCGGCAUUGCUGACCGCAUGCAGAAGGAAAUCACAGCCCUGGCGCCCAGCACCAUGAAGAUCAAGAUCAUCGCGCCCCCCGAGCGCAAAUACUCCGUCUGGAUCGGUGGUUCUAUCUUGGCUUCUCUGUCCACCUUCCAACAGAUGUGGAUUAGCAAGCAGGAAUAUGAUGAGUCCGGUCCAUCCAUCGUUCACCGCAAAUGUUUCUAA